GGAUAAGCUCUGCCAAGGCGCCAAGCCAAACAGAGCCUAAGACCAUAGUGGCGCGCCCAUCUGUUUUUGGCCACAGCCGCCCAGGCCAUUGGCCCCUUCAAGCGACGACCUCGCCGCCCUCAAGCUCCUCACCGGCGACGGACUCAGGACGUCACACGUCAGACUGUCAGAUUUAUCUCAGUAUAUCCGCCAAUUCACCAUCCUCAUUCCUCGACAAGACGCCGUUGCCGCUUGCCAGCCCCGCCUCGCCGUCCGGCUGAAUCAUAAGAUAUUGCUAAGCUAGCUGCAACUCUGGCCUGGACUUUAUCUGAAUGCUUAAUGCGCAGCUUGCAAAUUUUACAGUAUAAUUCUUUUGUAGUUUGUGUGUGUGUGUGUGUGUUUGAUUGACACAUAAAGUUUUUUUUUUUUUUUUUAACCUUAGCUUGUUCUGUUGUUCCAAGGAAAUCCAGAAAAAAAAAAAAAAAAAAAAAAAAAAGAAAAGAGAGAAGUAACCUCCUAACCUGUCACAGUGUCACCAGGUUGAAAGAAAUUGGAGAAUGGAAUCAUACUCUAAUGCAAGCUGAUUUGUUAGAUUGGGAAAGGCAAGUCUAAAAUGCUAAUGAAACCAUACUCAAUGCUAAAAUGCUUACCAAUGAUAAGCUUAUUGGUAAAGGCAAGAUUACAUGUUCAUAUAUAUGUUAAUUCUUUUAGCAUGUUAUGAACAUAUAACAUGCUAAAGAAAUUUGCAGCUGACGAGAGGGAUAUACAUACAAUCUCCACUACCUGUCUCUCAAUUCCAAUUCUAUAAUGCUCCCCACAGUCUCAACCACAGUUAAGCUCAACCUCCCCUUUAUCUCCACCAAUGUUCUUCUUGUUACUACUCCUACUCUAUAUCCGAGCUCCCGCCCCAGCCGCCUGCUGGUCUCCUCCUCCUCCGCCGAAAUUAUUGGCUCUCCGGAACAUCCCGGCGGCAAGAUGGUGGCGGAGCUGGUAGGGGCCUUCAACCAUCUCACCCAUAGGAUGAACACCGCUGCCUUGUCCACCAGCUCCUCCCACUUACUCUUCAAGACUCUCAAGCUCUCCAUCCCGCUUCUUCAAUCCCUCCCUCUUUCCCCAGAUGGCCGUUCUCCUCUUUCCAAGGCGUUGUCCCUUGCGCUCAUCCUUGCUGAUCUGCAGAUGGAUGCAGAGGUUAUCUCUACGGGCAUUCUGCGACAAGUCCUAGAAGCAGGUGCUAUCUCCAUUUAUGAGGUGAAGGGUAGGAUUGGUACCACCACUGCUCAUUUGUUACAUGAAAGCUUGCGUGUUAACAACAUUUCUUCCAAAGUGCAAUUCCUUGACAAUGACAACUCCACUGCAUUGAGGAAAUUUUGCCUUACAUACUAUGAUGUCAGGGCUUUGAUUUUAGACUUGGCUCUUAAGCUAGAUACAAUGCGGCAUCUUGGUUACCUUCCCAGGUACAAACAACAAAUGCUUUCUCUAGAGGUGAUGAAGAUACAUGCUCCUUUAGCACAUGCCAUUGGAAUGAACCUUUUGUCUGUGGAACUGGAAGAUCUUUCUUUCCAGUAUUUGUUUCCUUAUUCUUAUCUUUAUCUGGAUGCUUGGUUGAGGAGCCAUGAGACAGGAAGCAAACCCCUGAUAGAUGUUUACAAGGAACAGUUGCUCAACUCCCUUACAUCUGAUGCUAUCUUAGCAGAAAUGGUUGAUAACAUCUCUGUUGAGGGCCGGUACAAAAGUCGAUAUAGUGCCAUGAAGAAACUUCUGAGGGAUGGCCGUAAACUGGAAGAGGUAAACGAUAUAUUAGGGUUGAGGGUCAUAUUGAGCCCUGCAUCUGGCAAAAAUGAGUCAGAAGUUGGGGUAAAGGCUUGCUACAGGACACGUGAAAUUGUUCAAUCAUUGUGGCAAGAAAUACCUAGUAGGUCAAAAGACUAUAUUGCCAAGCCGAAGGCCAAUGGCUACAAGAGCUUACACAUGGCUGUUGAUAUAAGUGAAAAAAAUGGCCAUAAUAGACCACUGAUGGAAAUUCAAAUACGCACAUCAUAUAUGGACAUGCUUGCAGCUGGUGGAACAGCAUCUCAUGCAUUAUACAAGGGUGGUCUUACUGAUCCAGAAGAGGCAAGACGGUUGAAGGCAAUUAUGAUGGCUGCAGCAGAACUUGCAGCUCUGCGUCUUAAAGAUCUCCCCUCAACAAAUCCUAAAGAUCUUGACGUUGACAAUAGAGACAUGGCGUUUCACCUUCUUGACAAAAAUGGAGAUGGAAAAAUCAGCAUUGAAGAACUUAUGGAAGUGAUGGAAGAGCUUGGUGCUCAAGGCGAAGAUGCUCGAGAGAUGAUGCAGCUCCUUGAUUCAAAUAAUGAUGGUUUACUGAGUUCAGAUGAAUUCGAUUUAUUCCAAAAGCAGAUUGAAUUCAUGCGGGAUUUGGAAUAUAGAGACAAUCACUACAAAACCCUGUUAAAUGAGAAGCUUCAAAUCACAAAUAUCAAUGUUUGAAUUUAGGAAAUCAGUAAAAUUGAUGGUCAUCAAAUUUGGACUUGAGUUGACUGAAACCACAAAAGAUUUUAAACUUAUAAUAAUGUAUAUAUAGAUUCCUUUGUCUACAUUUCUACAAGAUCUACAUACGUAAUUCCAUUUUAAAGCUUCC